AUGCCUUUUGUUUUCUUUCUAUUCGGUGCCUCUAUUCUUCCGAACUUUCCACCCACCAUCAACGCCUCCAUGCCUCGCUUUAGCACUGUCUUCGUUGUUCAUCAUCUCCAGUCAACACCACCGCCCGCCACCACCAACCUAUCUUAUCGCACCCCUUUUCUUACAAUAGAUGAUGAUGAUGACACUUCCCAUCAUGCUAGUAAGCCUGUAUGUGAGCCUUCACCUUCUAUUGCUUCACAUUCUACUCGUUCACCAUCUACUACCUUUAGUAACCCAAACAAAAUGGCUAAACCCUCAACUCCUAGAGCUCCUAGUGCCUCACCUGAUGAACCUUCUAUUACUGAUGACGAUUUAGCAUCUGAAAUGAAAAAAGAUCUACAACAUUUGACUAAAGGGACCGUGAAUAUAAGAAAGAUGUGGAUGACUUUGCCUAAUGUUCCCGAGAUAUUAAGAGGAUGGAUCGAGAUGACAGGUACAAGUUUAGGAGUUUUAAGGGACGGAAAGAUUGUCCAAUGA